CGUAAUUGACACUUGCUGAGGUAUGCUGCAGCCUGAUUCGGGUCUUUUCAUUCGGGGUUCUGAGAAGGAAGCCAAUCGUGUGCGCAGCAGAAUAGUUACCAGCAAUAGAUUGACCUGACCCUGACUGUCACCAUGGUGCGUGUAAACAACUGCUGUGGGUGCUGUGACCUCAAGUCCGGCACCAUCUCCAUCUCCAUCGUGUACCUGGUCUUGGCUAUAAUCAACAUGGUGCUCGGCAUCAUGGGUGUGGUUGGCACCAAAGGAGCUCCCAUGUACAUUGGCGUCACCAUUGACGGGUUGAUGGUUGUCCUGUGUAUCCUCCUCAUCAUCGGGGCUGUCAAGGACAACCACAUCCUGUGCAUGGUGUGGGUGGUGGGUGCGAUCGUGUGGUCCGUGCUUGUGACCAUCAUGGCCAUUGUGGUCUCUGUGGUGGUUGGUAUCGCCGCCAACGCCGCUCAGGAUAUUCAGCCGGACCCGGACGAUCCAGACAUCAACCCCCAGGCAGUUGGAGCCGCCAUUGGUCUAAUCUUGGGUGUGAUGUGGGCCAUUGUGGCAGUGGAAGUCGCUCUGGUGAUUUACAGCGCCAUCGUGGUGUACUCACACGCCCAGAACCUGCGUGAGGGUGGCGGCUGCCCCCCACCAUACUCCCAGUUCGGUGGUCCCAAUGUCAUCUAAUCACAGGUAACAACAAAGGAGGGACACCAGAGUGGGCACAUCACCGACUCACAACACACUGACCAUCGUGCCUGGAAAGUUGUCUGUCUUGUAUCCAAGGUUUCAAACAAUGUCAACUCUACACUCUAUUUUACAUCAGUUGUUAUUUUGAUUAGUCGUGUUAGCAAAGGUCCUAAUAAAGAGG